AUGACUUCUCUCGGCUGCGUGCUGUCAGUGCAGCAGCAGAACUACCACCACAGCCACCACCUGACUCCGAACUCGAGUCCCAAAACGGAAAGCCUCACAGUGUCCAGGUCUCGGUCGCUGUCUCGUCGGAGCACGCCGAACAGCCUGACAGAAGGCGGCAGAAGCUACGAUGGAAUACGAGCUGGAGGCAGUGCUGAUUCAGGAUGUGUCACUCCGAAUGAGAUUCUGUCCGGCUCGGAUCUGGCCAGAGACAAGAGUCAUUCGGCUAAACUUCAAGCAAACAAUAACAAUACGAUUGAAGUUCCGGAAUACGUCAUCGACCGCCAAACGAAGAUCACUUACCUCAAGGGGAAGUUCCUCGGAAAGGGAGGCUUCGCCCGUGUACAUGAAUUGACAGACCUCACGUCGAAUCGGACCUACGCGGGAAAAAUCAUCCCGAGAUCGCGGUUGACGACGAGCGAUCAGCGGAAAAAGCUCUACCGAGAGAUCGAGAUCCACGAACCGCUGUCUCACAAACACGUCGUGCGAUUCCACCAUUUUUUCAAAGAUGAAAUGAAUGUCUACAUUGUUCUGGAGUACUGCCCCCGAAAGUCGCUGGUACACGUACUGAAAAACCGUAAAGUACUAACGGAACCCGAAGUGCGGUUCUUCAUGGCUCAGCUCGUCGACGGCGUCAAGUACAUCCAUUCGCAAGGUGUGAUGCACCGGGACUUGAAACUGGGAAACAUGUUCCUGUCCGACAAUAUGCAAGUUAAAAUUGGCGAUUUCGGACUCGCUGCCAAAGCACACAAUAUCAAUCACGACGGUUCUAAGAAAAUAACGGUCUGCGGAACGCCGAACUACAUUGCUCCUGAAGUUCUCAUGCUGAAAGGGCACGGUUUCGAAGCUGAUGUCUGGGCCAUAGGCUGUAUCAUGUAUGCGAUGCUGGUCGGUUGUCCUCCUUUCGAGACGUCCUCGUUGAGCGACACGUACGAAAGGAUCACCAACAACGUGUACUCGAUCCCGGAAAAUAUCUCGGAACCGGCCCAAGAGCUCAUCCAAUGGCUGCUCCGUCCCCGACCGCAAGACAGGCCGACACUGGACCAGAUCCUCCAACACGAUUUCUUCACUUCAGGCUAUAAUCCGAGGCAACUGAGUUCGACGUGCUGCUAUUCUGCCCCGCGCUUCUACAGCAAAAGCCCGGACAGAGAAAAAGACGCGACCAACAAGCUCACCGCCAUGGUUGCCAACAUCAACAUCGACCCGCCGCCGCAGGGUACAAAGACGCCCCGGAGCCCCGCGGGUUCUCCCGUACUCAAACCGAACUCACCGAACCGCCUGGGCAAGAGCUCGUUCCCUCAAGCCUUCCGGCAACGGAUCCAUUCUGUAUUGUGUCCAGACACCGCAGGACUCAAGAAGAACAAGAUGGGCACCACAAUGCUCCUGCACAGAACUCUGUCGAAGGCCGUUGAGCAAAUAUCAGACUUGGCAUCCGAGGUGAACCCGGUCCCCGUGAGCGGAGUUUGCGUUCCGUUCGUGACGAAAUGGAUCGACUACUCCAACAAAUAUGGUUUUGGCUUCCAACUGUCCGACCACAGCGUGGGCGUUCUUUUCAACGACACUACGCGGAUCAGCUAUUCAUCGAAUCGACAGAGGGUCGAGUACCAUGAAAUCAGCGGCAAGAUGAGCGUUUUCACCCCAGGCUCGAUACCGCCAGCCCUUGAAGAUCGCUUCAAUGUUUUGAAGUACUUCGCUAACUACAUGGAAGAAAAUCUCAACGAGGGUGGCGACUUGGAACAGCAGCAGGAAGCGAUGCGUCGCAAACAAUGCAUCCCCUUCAUGAAACGCUGGGUGCGGACGAACCAGGCGAUUGUCAUGCAACUUUCUUGCAGCACAAUACAGGUGAACUUCUUGUCGGACCACACGAAAAUGGUGGUCAAUUGUGAACGGCCCUCGGAUCCCUUGUUGAUGUACAUCAACGAAGACCGGAAGGGAACGACGUACGCGCUCAACGAACUCUCCAGGGUCGGCUGUUCACCGGCGAUCCGCUCGCGGAUCCAGUACGCGCUCAACACGUUGCAGGACUUGAUCAAGAUGCAGCAGCAGCAAAUCUAGGAGCGAUCAUCGACGUUCUCGAGCGGGCCGAUAACGAGGAUGCCGACUUUCCGAACGACGACGACGACGAUGAUGAUGAUGAAGCGAAUGGAAAUGAGGAACU